AACGAUAGCAUCAACAUGUCUUCCUUAAUCCCUUUCUCUAUUUUCUUCUUCACUAUCAUCUUCUUCUCAUCAUCUUUUGUAGCCGAGUCCGCUGUACCUUCUUCUAAGACCUUCAAAUUCAUAAAUCAAGGAGAUUUCGGCGAUUAUAUAGUCGAAUAUGAUGCCAAUUACCGUGCUCUUGAUUUGUUUAGUUCUCCUUUCCAACUCUGCUUCUAUAACACGACUCCUAAUGCAUUCACCCUUGCUUUGAGAAUGGGUUUGGUACGAUCCGAGUCCAUAAUGAGAUGGGUUUGGGACGCCAACCGUGGAAAUCCAGUUCGCGAAAAUGCCACAUUGACAUUUGGUACAGACGGUAACCUUGUGUUGUCCGAUGCUGAUGGUCAGAUUGCUUGGCAGACUGGUACAGCUAACAAAGAUGUUGUUGGUCUUAAUCUUUUGUCAAACGGUAAUAUUGUGCUUUAUGAUAAGAGUGGAAAAUAUAUUUGGCAGAGUUUUGAGCAUCCAAGUGAUACUCUUUUGGUUGGUCAGGGUUUACGUCCAAAUGGUCCGAAUCGGAUCACUAGUCGUGUAUCUGAUGUUGAUGGAUCUGAGGGUCCUUAUAGUUUUGUUCUAGAAAAGAGCAGACUUAAUUUAUAUCUCAAAAGCAAAAACCUUAAGAAGCCAUUACUCUACUACACAUCUGACUGGUUUGGAACUAGUCAAGGCGUACUGACUCAGGUCUUGUUCAACGCAACACCAGAAUCGGAAGAAGCUUAUGCGUAUGAGCUAACAUUUGAAUUUUUCGUAGCUAAUUCUUCAACUGGAACAUCAAUUCUGACUAGACCCAAAUACAACAGUACACUGUCUUUGCUCCGAUUAGGGUUCGAUGGUAGUCUAAAGGUCUACACAUAUUACGACAAAGUAUCUCACGGUGCUUGGGAAGUGACAUUCAGUUUGUUCGACUUAAUAAAUGGAAACAAUGGUGUAAGCCAGUGUAAGUUACCAAGCAGGUGUGGGUCAUUUGGUGUAUGUGAAGAUGAACAAUGUGUUGCUUGUCCAACGGCUAAUGGAUUACUAGGGUGGUCCAAGAACUGUGCACCUCCAACGCUACGUAAAUGUGAUAAUGGUAAAGCCAAUAAAGUGGAUUACUUUAAAGUCGUAGGUGUCGAACAUUUUAUGGAUGAUUAUAACAAAGGCGAAGGAUCUUUAGAAUUGGAUGAGUGUAGAAGUAAAUGCAGCAAAGAUUGCCAGUGUUUAGGCUUCUUCUACAAACAAGAAUCUUCAAAGUGUUUGUUAGCCCCAGUGUUGGGAACUUUGAACAAAGUAGCUAACACUUCUCACGUUGCUUACAUUAAAGUUUAAUAUACAAUGUGUGUACCAUAUUAGAGGAAAUCUAGAAAUAAAAGAAAAUAGUUUCUCAA